CAUUGACUUAUGACACACUCAUUAUUAUUAUUACGAUAACGCUUUCCUCUUUAUCUCUCUUUCUCUCUCUACCUCACUGUGUUUCUCUCUCUAGAAUUCCUAAACCCUAGCUCUUCCGAUUCACCCUCACAAUGGGUUCCGAAGGAUCCAGCGUCGUUGUUCCUAGGAAUUUUAGAUUAUUGGAAGAGCUUGAGCGAGGGGAGAAGGGAAUUGGAGAUGGGACUGUUAGCUAUGGAAUGGAUGAUGCUGAUGAUAUAUUCAUGCAGUCAUGGACUGGUACUAUUAUUGGCCCCCCUGGUACUGUUCAUGAAGGUCGUAUCUACCAGUUGAAGUUAUUCUGCGGCAAGGAUUAUCCAGAUAAUCCACCAUCUGUUAGAUUUCAGACAAGGAUUAACAUGACUUGCGUCAAUCAAGAAUCUGGAGCGGUUGAGCCAAAUUUGUUUCCCAUGCUUGCUAAAUGGAAAAGAGAGUCUACAAUGGAAGAUAUUUUACUGCAAUUGAAGAAAGAAAUGAUGUCUCCACAAAAUCGGAAGCUAGCACAGCCUCCUGAAGGCAAUGAAGAUGGAAGGAUUGACCAAAAAGGGCUGGUGCUGAGAUGUUGUAUCGUGUAAUUCAGGUGAGAAACCAAGUAAAAUAAUGUAAAUAAUUAUAUUGAAUAGAUAAUCCAGGCUUGUGGGUUAAUGCAUUUAUAAAUGUAAGUAUUGACCAUUGCGAAUGUAACCUGGAAAAAUCAAUGAGUGACUGUGCUAUCCUUUGAGUUAUUAUUGUGAAUUGUGUUGCAACUGCUCUUUAUGUGGAGUGGCAACCUUUCUCCCCGCAUUUUUAUGUAUUUAUUUGAGUAGCUGUGAUCGGUAAGCAUCCUUUCAUCCUGAAAUUAUGGAUGCAAGCACUUGGUCGUUGAAUUGCUUAUCCUACCAUGUAUCCAAAUUUCAAAGAGUGCUUUUACAGCAUUAAAUCAAUGUUUUAAUUUGACAGUGUUUAA